CCCCCAUGCCGUGGCAGGGCUGCCGCAUCCUGGGCGUGCGGGCGCUGGUGGCCGAGCAGCGCCCGGAGGUUUUGGGGGGCACGGUGCCGGAGCUGGGGGCGGGGGGGCUGCCCCGGCUCCCCAAAACCGCCUUCAGCGUGGCGGGGGCGGCCGAGCCCCUCCUGGGGGACCCCCGGAUCCGCCAUGUGCUGCUCUGCGGCAUCGAGGCGCACGCCUGCGUGCUGGGGUCCCAGCCAGACGGAGCGCACCCUGGGGGCGGGGUUUGGGGCGGGGUUUGGGGCGCGGUUUGGGGGUCCCGCUGUAAUUUGGGGAGGGGUCCCAGCCAGACGGAGCGCGCCCUCGCCCUCGCCCGCAUGCGCCAGGCCGGCGCCUUCGUGAGCAGCUGCGAGAGCCUGCUGCUGCUGCUGCUGCGAGACUCCGCCCACCCCAAGUUCCGACAGAUCCUGCCGCUGCUGAAGGAGCCGCCCCCGGACACGGGGCUGAUCCUGGGGGGGCUCUGAGCCCAAAACCCCCAAAAUUCGCCCCAAAAAUUGGCCCAAAAUCGGCC